AUGGGAGAACCCAACUGUCGUGUGUCAUACCCGACAACGGGCUGGGUAAAUGACAUAUCUCAUUUGCCCACCGUGAAGGACAACGCCAUAAAAGACUUUCACGCCAGGAAAAGUCUAGCCAAUCGACAUUACCGCCGCAGCUACAAGUUCACAACGGAAUCUUACGUUGUUGCAUCGACGCUGAAGGCUUGCUACAAGGACGAAACCCUUGGUUCACUGCGAUUUUUGGCACUGCUGCAGCUGAAAGGUUUUAAAGAGGCGCCGGCUGAGCUUUCCUGCACAGAUUUACCACAAAAAUGGCGAGUGCCAAGGCAACAAGUUGUUAACGGUUCUGCAGUACAGGCUGUUGACUGGAGGCGACCAGAAGAAAACGGAAACGAGAACAGGAUCCCUAGCCCUUGCAUUGCUCGACGGUGA